AAAAGUCUGCGCCUUUACAAGAAUUCAGCUCAAGUUCGAUAGAUGCAAGCCUUAAUGAAGCUGGUUGUAGUUUAACUUACGUUUAGAUUUGAUAUCUCGUGCUUGGCUACUUCGACAGUCAUGAUUAUCAGAGAAGAAUCUAGUUGCGUUGCUGCAAAAAAAAAAUUCGAUAGGUGUUGCUGCGAAGUUAGUUACGAAAUGUUUUCAAUUCCUCAUAUUUGCGUUUUGCUCAAUCCCCAGAUUAAAUGGCAAAUGCUUAAUGCAAAUGAAAGAUAUCUCCUCACAAAGCAUAAAAGGCUGUUUAGUUCAUCAAUGUGGUAAUAGUUGUCUGAUUCACUAGACUUGGAUCUCUCUCAACUCAUAAAUGCGAUUAAAUUUACUGAUGAUAUCAGGAACACUACAACAAUUUGAUGAAGGCGCUACAAGAGAACGAUCCUUCAUGGCCAUCGCUGAUGCUGAAAGUGUUGUUGAAGACUGCAGAUAUGUUGGUGAACUGCACGAACACAAAUGCUGAGCAGCUGCUGGCGAAGGUGGAGGGGUUGGAGAACGUCCUUGAGAGGGGUGAUCGCGCCGUGGCAGAGAUUGUAGGUCUCCAGAGGACAGGUCACUCCAAGGAUCAGCGGAGUUCCCAAGCGAAAUCAGCUGGCAAGUAGUGACAGUGGUAUGCUCUUGUGUUGAUCGUGCAAAACUGGACUCUUGUCACUGAUCCUGGGUAUUGAAAAGAGUUGUAUAUCGAUCUUUUUUCCAUGAAUUCCUACAGCGUGCCUCCGCGGCUUUGCAGUCCGCUUAUGCUUUACACUGUUGGAAAAUUUGUGUGUUUAUCCUGUCAUAGAGGAACUGGGUAGACGCAGGAUUUCUAAUACAAUAUGCAAUUUUCUUCUUUGUUCAUUACUUUGGUUCCUGCUAAGAUAUGUUCAGGUCUGGAAUCAACUCAAAAUUCUGAAGCAAAAAGACCUUAAAAUGCCUGAUCGGCAUCCUUUAUGUAAUGUGAGAACUGGACUAACGUAUUCUGUGUUCAGUGAUGCUAUACUUCUGGAACAGUGCAUACUUUGUUAAGCCCUAUUUGAAUGUAGAACUUCUUUCAGACGAAGGAGUUUCAAAUGAAACAUUUAAUUCCCGUAGAGUACAGCGUACCAAAACGUCUGGGCUUUCUCCAGAAGCUUAGAGAAAUGCCGACCAGGCUAGGAAAUGCUUCUGGAAUGCAUGAAUUUGCAAGUACACACAAGCCUCCCCAGCUGAAGCAAAAUCACAACAAUAGGACUAGGCUGAAAAAACCCUCCCAUCCCUUCGCUCCCCUUUCCCGGCGUCGGAGUCGGAGAAGGCCACCGCGCGGCGAUGGACAACAACAACCUCUUUCCGGCGUGGCCGGUCGUGGGCCCGAGUGUCGCCGGCGCUGUCUUAGGCGCCGGAUGGUGGUUCUGGGUCGACGCCGUCGUCUGCAGCGCCGACACCGCCGCCGUCUCGUUCCUCCACUAACUCCCCGGUACGUGCGCCGCAUCACCCCAGCCUUCGUCCCGCCGUCUCGCCUCCUUCGCUGUGUGUGCCCCCGAAAGCUAGGGUUUUUAACCGGUCAUGGCUUGGUUAGGGUUCUUCGCCUCGUUCGCGGCGCUCAUGGUCAACUGCGUGAACCGGGAGGACAUCAGCGACAGUUACUACUCACCCUACGACGACUCCGAGUGGAGGGUGAAACUCUGGCUUUUUAUUUCAUACGUGGUGUCAUUUGUCUCAUUGGCUGGGGCAGUGGGGUUUUUGGUUCAAGAUGCACUUACAGAUACGGGACCAUCUGCCUGGACUGGCACUGCUGGUGUCCUAUAGUGUGUGUUUGUGUUAGUGAGUGGGUUGAUCUACUGGACGUGUCAGUCUGAAGACUGACUUUAAGAGAUAUGGCCAAGAAAGAUUAGGAAUGUAAAGGUGAAUAUGAUAUGAGCUUGCUGGCGGAAAUGCAAAUAUUGUCAUUGUCUAUUGUUUUGCUGCCCAAGCGGCCAAGCCUCGAAGUUUGGUAUCUCUGUAAAUAUAAUCGUAUGUCACAUUGCUUAAAUUAGUUUGAAGAUGUUGUUUUGGAGCAACAAACCUUGACGGAUGAUUAGUAAAUAUCUAUACAUUUCCCCGUUGCUCAAUUUCGCAUGGAAAGUUCAACUGUUCACGGUUUGUAACUCAUUAGUCACAUUUCAGUUAUUACCCCUUGGCAAAUCUGAGCUACGUAAACAUCAGUCCUGUAAACUUGUUAAUCCUGAUUUGUGGAACCUAUCACCUAUA